AAAACAAAUUCAUUUCAAAGAAGUUUUCGUGUGCGGUGUUUUAUGAUGGCCGACCCCAGAAUUAGACAAAUAAAAAUAAAAACUGGCGUUGUAAAACGCAUUGCUAAGGAGAAAGUUGUUUACGAGAAGGAGGCGGAACAGCAAAAGAACAGAAUUCAGAAGUUUAAAGACGAAGGACAAGACGAGCACAACAUUAGGAAGCAGGAGGAGGUCCUUCAGGAGUGUCUGAUGAUGGUCCCUGACUGUCAAAGGAGAUUGACAAAAGCAUUUGCAGACUUAAAAAGUGUUUUAGAAACUGAACAAGAUCUCAAAGAACACGAAGACUUCAUUGCCGCUGAACAAGUUCUUAAGGAGGCUGAGAGUCAGCUCCCUGAGUCGGCCUAAUCUAAGCUU